GGAGGUGUGGUCCCGGCGCCACCCGAAGAUUCUGGGUAGUGUAGUCCUGGCGUCCUGCUGGAGUGGCCCCCGAGCUGGUGGCUCGAGUGACCCCUUGUUCUUUGGUGGCGCUGGUGAGUGUGGCUCCCGCGGGCCCUCGCUGCAGCCGUGCCCUUCCCCGCGCGGAAAGGCACACAUGGCAUUCAGAGAUGUGGCUGUGGAUUUCACCCAGGAGGAGUGGAUGCUACUGAGCCCUGCUCAGAGGUCCCUGUACCGGGAGGUGAUGCUGGAGAACUACAGCAACCUGGUCUCGCUGGGGAUUCCAUUUUCUAAACCAAAACUCAUCACCCAGCUGGAGCAAGGGAAGGAAACCUGGAGAGAAGAGAGAAAAUGCCCACCUGCCAAUGGCCCGGCAGAACCAAAGCCAGAACUCCACCUCGGUCCCUUCCACCCUCCAGACUUCUCCAGUCAGCAGUUCCGCAUGCAGCACAUGCUGUGUAGUCACCCUCCCUGGAUCUUCACGUGCUGGUGUGCAGAAGAGCCUGUCCAGCCAGGAGAUCCGUGUCCUGGGGACCAGCAGCAGCAGCAAGCCUCUGAUGGAAGUCCCUGGAAUGAUAAAGCAGAAGGUCAGGAGAGAGAAGGCGCCCAGCCUUUGUUUGGAAAGACAAAGAAAAGGACUUCAGGCACGUUCCUCAGGCCGCCACCCCAGCGGCAGCCCGUCAGCUCUGGGGAUGGCAUCCAAGGCGUGGAGGUAGCGGCCAGCCCAGCUCAAACGGGGAACCCCGAGGAAACAGACAGACUGUUGAAGAGGAUAGAAGUCUUAGGAUUUGGAACAGUCAACUGUGGGGAGUGUGGACUGGGCUUCAGCAAGAUGACAAACCUGCUUAGUCACCAGCGGAUACACUCAGGGGAGAAGCCGUAUGUGUGCGGGGUGUGUGAGAAGGGCUUUAGCCUAAAGAAAAGCCUUGCCAGACACCAGAAGGCACACUCGGGGGAGAAGCCCAUCGUGUGCAGGGAGUGUGGGCGAGGCUUUAACCGGAAGUCGACACUCAUCAUACACGAGAGGACACACUCAGGUGAGAAGCCUUACAUGUGCAGCGAGUGUGGGCGAGGCUUCAGCCAGAAGUCAAACCUCAUCAUACACCAGCGGACACACUCUGGGGAGAAGCCCUACGUGUGCCAGGAAUGUGGGAAAGGCUUCAGCCAGAAGUCAGCUGUCGUCAGACACCAGAGGACGCACUUGGAGGAGAAGACCAUCGUGUGCAGUGACUGUGGACUGGGCUUCAGCGACAGGUCGAACCUCAUCUCACACCAGAGGACACACUCCGGGGAGAAGCCUUAUGCCUGCAAGGAGUGUGGGAGGUGCUUCAGGCAGAGAACCACCCUUGUCAACCACCAGAGGACACACUCCAAGGAGAAGCCUUAUGUGUGUGGCGUGUGUGGGCACAGCUUCAGCCAGAAUUCAACCCUCAUCUCACACAGGCGGACACACACUGGGGAGAAGCCUUAUGUGUGUGGGGUGUGUGGGCGAGGCUUUAGUCUCAAGUCACACCUCAACAGACACCAGAACAUACACUCAGGGGAUAAGCCCAUUGUGUGUAAGGACUGUGGGCGAGGCUUCAGCCAGCAGUCAAAUCUCAUCAGACACCAGAGGACACACUCAGGGGAAAAGCCCAUGGUGUGUGAGGAGUGUGGGCGAGGCUUCAGCCAGAAGUCAAACCUCGUUGCACAUCAGAGGACACACUCAGGGGAAAAGCCGUAUGUGUGCAGGGAGUGUGGGCGAGGCUUCAGUCACCAGGCAGGUCUCAUCCGGCACAGGCGGAAACACUCGAGGGAAAAGCCUUACACGUGCAGGCAGUGUGGACUCGGCUUUAGCAAUAAGUCAGCUUUAAUCACGCACAAAUGGGUACACUCAGAAGAGAAGCCCUGUUUAUUCAGAGAGUGUGGCCAAGGCUUUCCCCAAAAGUCACACCCCAUCUUACAUCAGAUGACACACCAGGGCAGGAAGCCUUAUGUGUGCAAGACGUGUGGACAAGGCUUUAGCCAGAAGGCUCACCUCAGCAGACACAGGAGGAUGAAGUCCGCCCACCACAAACUGCGACUUCAGUCUGAUCCUGAGGCCUACUCAGAGCAAUCUUCUGACCCCUUACACUCUAUUUGAGAGUGAAGAUGGUGGUGAGGACUGAAUAAUCAAACAUCUUACACUUUCAUGAAACACAUUCCGUAAGUGGUCAAAUGACAUUUGACUUCGUUUACUUCCUCCAUGCUAAGUCUUCAUGUUUUGUGGUCUUUUGUUCUAAUAAACUGCUUCUUUACAAACCUUGGGUGUGUACCUCAUUCACUCCUCUAUAAAGAUAGGGAAUAAGGAGUGUUAGGGAAAUCUUGAGCUGCUGAGUCCACUAUUCCAUAAAAAUUCAAUUCCUUGUAAGACAUAAGAACUGAGUCACUCUGUAUUUAUUGGAAAAGUCUGGUCCCCUUUAUAGGGAGAGAAUCUGGGGACUGUAUUCAGGGGAUUCAGGUGAGGGGAGGGAAUCUUCCAGGAAAUAUGGCUUCCCCUAGCCAUUCCUCUCAUCUGCAGCCCCCUUUCUUGCCCCUCUUCUACUGGCUCUGAAACGUCUACAUUGUUGCCUUUGCUGAAUCAUCCCCUAACUACCUUUAUUGCUUUUUUUCAGGCUUUAGUCCCUACUCCUCAUGUCUUGGGGCCCCCUUGACAAUAUAUUGUCCCUAGCACUACAGUCUCAGAGCCUGGUCCUCCGGCUAUGACAACCUUGGGUCUCCAGUCACACCAUUCAGAUCACCAAGAACAUGGUGCUCUGGUAAUGAGACAGCCUGUAAGCAGGUGCCCUCCUAAGCCCUUCGGUAACAGGAAUAAGACUUGAAGCCACAUUUCCAAAUCAGCCCUGUAACAUUAGGGUUAGAACUUCCAGUUGUGCUUCUUGGCACUCCACCCCAUGCCCAGCCCUCAUGCCAACCAUCCAG